GCGUGCCCCGCGCGCGCGCCGCCUAGGCAUCGUCAGCGCUUGUGUGUGAGGGAGAAGAAGCGGCGGCGGCGGCGGUGACGGACACGGACACGGACACGGUGAGGAGACGCCAUGGCCGCGGCGAUGGCUGUCCUGGGCUCCUCCAUCCUGGCCCUGUUGUUAGCUGGGUACUUGGCACAGCAGUAUCUUCCCCCUCCAAAGCCAAAGGUGAUUGGUGUGGACCUGGGCACCACGUACUGCUCGGUCGGAGUGUUCCAGCCUGGCACCGGGAAGGUGGAGGUGAUUGCCGACCAAGCCGGGCGAAAGACGUUGCCAAGCGUGGUGUCGUUUACCGACCGAGCGAUAUUGGUGGGGUACGGUGCUCAGGAAGUGGGUGACGCCAACCCACUGAACACUGUAUAUGAUGCCAAGCGCUUUAUAGGGAAGCGUUUCACGCCCGAGCAGCUGAGCGAUGAAAGUAGCCGCUACCAGUUCAAGGUGUUGUAUCAUAAGGGGGAUGCGCAGUUCUCCGUUUCUGUGAAUGAAUCGUUCCGCGUCACGCCCGAGUACGUUGGCUCGCGGUUGUUGUUGGAGUUGAAGAAGAUGGCGGAGGACUACCUGGGGAUGCCUGUGAGCAAGGCUGUCAUUUCAGUACCAGCAGACUUUGACGAGAGGCAGAGAAACCACACAGUGAAAGCAGCUCAGCUCGCAGGUCUGGAUAUCCUUCGGGUCAUUAACGAGCCGACUGCAGCAGCCAUGGCCUACGGACUGCACAAGGUGGAUGUAUUCAAUGUGCUAGUGGUGGACCUUGGUGGUGGCACCUUGGAUGUCUCCCUGUUGAACAAACAGGGCGGGAUGUUUCUGACCAGAGCGAUGGCAGGGAAUAACCAGCUGGGAGGCCAGGACUUCAACCAGCGGCUGCUGAAGUAUCUGUACAAUCGGAUAUACCAACGGUUUGGGACUCUGCCUUCAAAUAAGAGAGACAUACAUCAGCUGCGCCAAGCGGUGGAAGCAGCCAAGCUGAACCUGACCCUGUCGGACACGGCACUGAUCAAGGUCCCGAUCUCACUGCCGGACCCCAGGCAGCCCGCUGAGGUGCCAACGGACGGCAAGGGGGGACAAGCUGAUAGCAGCAUCCAGGUCCUGCUGGAAGAAACGGUGAGCAGGGACCUCUUUGAGGAGCUGAACCGAGACCUGUUUGAGAAGAUCCUGGAACCGGUGAGAGAGGUGCUGUCCCGCGGCCACCUGGAUCGCUACGAGGUGGAUGAGAUCGUCCUGGUCGGCGGGUCCACCCGCAUCCCGCGGAUACGACAAGUCAUCCGCGAGUUCUUCGGCAAAGAGCCCAAUACCUCGGUGGACCCCGACCUGGCUGUGGUUAUUGGCGUUGCCAUACAGGCGGGGAUAGUGGGUGGCUCGUGGCCACUGCAGGUCAGUGCCUUGGAAAUCCCCAACAGGCAUCUACGUAAAACGAACUUCAACUAACGGACUCCCACCCUCGCAUUGAACUUGUUUACAGAGGCUCAGAAGUCAACUUAAUCCCGUGGAUCGGAGAUGGAAAACACAACGUAUUGCUAACGCUCUUACCUUCAGUCUUCAAAAUGAUCUCCUUAGCUUCCGGCAAAUCAUUUGGGGAGUCAGUCACUAAUUUUGAAAGCUUUGCUUUAUUAGCUCUCUGGCGUUCUACCUUCCUCUCUGAAGCAGUGGCACGAAUUAACAUGGGAGCCAUGUUGCUUGGCAUCAUUCAUCACAGGUUCUGUUAUUUUCUAGGUACCGUUUUUAAUUUUCACCUCCCUGUUCCACAAUAAAUUUUCUGAGCCAACUCGCCGCAUUCAGUCUGACCAAGCCGAUUAUGGCAAGUCUAUGGUUUUGGGACCACUCUCUUAAGAGUUUCAACUCUUGGUCGAUUUGGCCUACAAGAUAGUCACAAGUACAGGUAGCAGGGGCUGAGUUCCUGGCUCUCUUGACUCCUUUGCAAAGGGCAUGAGGUGUCUGUCAGGUGAAGAUGAGAUGUGCUUUACAUUGACACCACUUGCUUAUCUUAAGUUGGCCCCGUGGAAUGUAUGGGAGAUGUCACCAAGUUCCUGCUGUUGAAUAACCAGAGUGGACUUUGGGCAAGAUAUUAAUGGUGGAAAAAAUCUUUUGGAUUUCUGGAAAAAAAAGUGCCCUCUCAAGUAGUCUUACAAUAUGGAUGACUUUAUCCUGCAAGAUCUGAAAGGACUGAGCAUUUUCUCCUUCAGAAACUUCAGAUAAAUGUGCGACCGAAAUGAAAUCAGUGCUUUGACCCACGACGUUAGUUUAUUUAAAGUGACUUUUGUUUAUUUAAUAUCCGCCAUAAGGCAGAAAAAAAAGUGAACGUAUAAAUUUAUUAAAUAUAUAUUUAUAUGAAAUUUUAUACAUAAAGAGACUUCUUUAUGAACCAGAUACCUUCUAUCCUUGUUGCAACAUAUAUUAGAUGAAAAUGAUGAAAUGCUUGAUUAAAUGUUUUCUUGUCCUGACCCAGGGACUUUCUUCUGGGCAAUUAAACUCUGACUUUUAUAUAAAAAUUAAAUCUCAAAAAGGUAAGAGUUACUGGUGUUAGACAAAAAUGCUGGAGAAACUCAGCGGGUGAGGCAGCAUCUAUGGAGCGAAGGAAUAGGUGACGUUCUGGGUCGAGACCCUUCUUCAGUUAAUGGUGUUAUUAACCCUUGAUAAUCUGGCAAUGAAUUGCUCUCUUAAACCACUGCGUGGUGCGGGAUGUUCCAAAGUUUUGAUUAAUUCUGUGAAGGAACGGUUUAUUUAUUUCCGAGUGGAUAGCGUGCGACUCCGAGAGUGGUCUGUGGCGGCGCUCCUCUUGUGCCUUGGUGAGUUGCUGCAAUGGUGGCACCCGAAGGCGGCACGUAGAAAAUAGGUGCAGGAGUAGGCCAUUCAGCCCUUCGAGCCUGCACCGCCAUUCAAUAUGAUCAUGGCUGAUCAUCCAACUCUGUAUCCUGUACCUGCCUUCUCUCCAUAUCCCCUGAUCCCUUUAGCCACAAGGGCCACAUCUAACCCCCUCUUAAAUAUAGCCAAUGAACUGGCCUCAACUACCUUUUGUGGCAGAGAAUUCCAGAGAUUCGAUAGAUAAGGUCAUAGACUCGUACAGCGUGGAAAUAGGUCCUUCGGCCCAACUUGUCCACCUGCCUACGCUUGGCCCAUAUCCCUCUAACCUGUCUUAUCCAUGUACCUGUCUAAAUAUUUCUUAAACGUGCAAUAGUACCUGCCUCAAUUACCUCCUGUGGUAGCUCAUUCCAUACACCUACCACCCUUUGUGUUUAAAAAAAAAAAAAAAAAAAAAAGCUACCCUUCCAGUCCUAUUAAAUCAUCCCCCCCCCCUCCACCUUACCUUCAUCCUAUGUCCUCUGGUUCUUGAUUCCCCUACUCCGGGCAAGAGACUUGUGCGUUUACCUGAUCUGUUCCUCUCGCGAUUUUGUACACCUGGUGGGGAGAAUGAGUUGCUAAUUAUCUUAAAUAAACUGCUUUCCACACUCAAAAAUUAUUAUAAUUGUCAUAAAUAAGACAUUCCUUCCCAGUUGAGUGAUAAACCGUGAAAUAAUGCCUUGUAUCUAUGUGUUUUUUUUUUUUAAUGUUCUCAACUUCUGAUCCAUUCCCCCGCCCCCGUGUAUUAGACAAAGUGGUUCAGAAACUCAGCGGUCCAGGCAGCAUCUGUGGAGGAAAUGGAGAGGUGACGUUUCAUCAGCCGGAAGAAGGAUGCCAGACUCGAGACGUCACCUGUCCAUUCCCUCCACAGAUGCUGCCUGACCUGCUCAGUUCCUCCAGCACUUUAUGGUUCAGCUCAACAUUCCAGUUCCCAGUGUCUCACUCCAAGCAAUACAGUUAAUUACUGCGGAGCUUUCUGUUGGUGGUAUUGCCCAUCGAUUAUAAUGGGCACCCCCUUGAAUGUGUUCUUCACAAUGGCCCAAUCAGCCUCUGCAUGGUUCUCAGUGUGUGCAACCCUGUCUUUCUAAUGAAUUAGCACUUUAUUGCCACGUGUAGCAAGUCACGGUGAAAUUCUUUGUUGCGCACGCCCAUGGUGUGCAAAGAGUGUUGUGUUGAGAGGAUGCUUAAGGUAAGGAUGAGAGAAAAACCAUGCAUCUCCCUCAAGACUAACCUCCUGGCCAGAAGCAGGGGUGGCACGGUGGCGCAGCGACAGAGUUGCUGCCUCGCUGCCCCAGAGACCCAGGGUUCGAUCCUGACCACGGGUGCUGUCUGUACGGAGUUUGCACGUUCUCUCCAUGACUUGUGUAGAUUUUCUCCGGGAAUCUGGUUUCCUCCCACACUUCAAAGACGUACAGCUCUGUAGGCUGAUCAGCUUGCUAUAAUUGCAAAUCGUCCCCAGUGUGUGUAGGAUAGCGUUAGUGUGCUGGUCAGCAUGGAUGAUCAGCCAUGAUCGCAUUGAAUGGCGGUGCUGGCUCGAAGGGCCAAAUGGCCUGCUCCUGCACCUUUUGUCUAUUGACUCGGUGGGACUCAGCGAGUCAAUUUUAUCUCUAAAUUAAACUUAACAUUAUUACUAAGAAGCUGAGUAUCUCUUGCCAGUUCCUGCCCGCAGCCUCUCCCUCAGCCCUGAUGUUAACAUGGCGUAUCGAAGCCUGAUAGCGUGCGAUAUUGGCGAUCACAUCACAUGUGAAAUGAGAAUCUCCGAUCCAUUAGGAUGAGGUAGGCAAUACUUCCCGCUUGUUCUUCCAAAUCUCAGGGAUUGCGAGCUAGUUUACUACACUGUUUACCAUUCUCCUGCCUUCUCCCCCUAACCCCUGACACCCAUACUAAUCAAGAAUCUAUCUCUGCUUUAAAAAAUAACCAUUGACUUGACCUCCACAGCCGUCUGAUGCAAAGAAUUCCACAGAUUCACCACCCUCUGACUGAAAAAAUUCCUCCUCAUCUUCCUAAAGGAACGUCCUUUAAUUCUGAGGAUAUGAUCUCUGGUCCUAGACUCUCCGACUGGUGGAAACAUCCUCUCCACAUCCACUCUAUCCAGGCCUUUCACUAUUCUGUAAGUUUCAAUGAGGUCUCCCCUCAUUCUUCUAAACUCCACGAGUACAGGCCCAGUGCUCAGAGUCCCUUGGAACAGUGCAUAUUAAAGUUCCUUGUAGGAAACUAAAGAUUUAAUUAUUGAUUUGGUAUCUGAGGUGCGGACAGUGCUGUGAAAGCUGUUAUACAGUAUCUGUAUGAGAAAACUUUGUGGCGUAUAAGUUAUUGUACAGGAUGUGAACCUGCUGUCAUUGAUUGUGUACCUCUCUGGAACGGAGAAUAAACUCAAUUUACGUGCCUUGA